AUGGGCCGGCAUUUCGAAGGCGUGCGCGCCCCGUUCCGGUACGAAGGAAGCAUCAGGCAGGCGAUACUGGCCCUGAAAUACGGCGGCAUCAAGGCAGCCGCGCCGCAACUUGGAGACAUGCUCGCCGACUAUCUCCAGUCCAACCCGCUCCCGGGCGACCUGAUAGCCCCAGUGCCGAUGCAUGCCACUCGAAGGCGGGAACGCGGGUACAACCAAGCCGAGUUGUUGGCCCGCCGGGUCGCCGGGCGGUGCGAUAUUUUGUACCAGGGCGAUUUGCUGGUUCGAACCCGACGGAUCGAUGCCCAAGCGGGCAUGACCGGCGCCGCCGAAAGGGUUGCCAACGUGGCGGAUAGCGUCGCGUUGUCCGACCGUAGUGAUGUGCGUGACAAGCACAUCAUAUUAGUCGACGACGUGGUGACCACGGGAAGCACGCUGGAUACCUGCGCAGCGGCGCUCAAGAAGGCCGGCGCCGCGUCGGUCUGGUGCCUGACGCUAGCGGUGGCCGGGAGCCGGCGCCGGGGAAAAUGA